AUGCAGAUCUUCUUGAAAACUUUGACAGGGAAAACCGUAACACUCGAGGUUGGAUCGAGCGACUCCAUCGACAACGUCAAGGCUAAAAUUCACGACAAGGAAGGAAUCCCGUCGGAUCAACAACGUUUGAUUUUUGCCGGAAAACAGCUUGAAGAUGGUCGGAUUCUUUCCGAUUGCAACAUUCAGAAAGAGUCUACUCUGCAUUUGGUUUUGAGGCUUAGGGGUGGCAGCAGGGGCUAUUAUGAAUAUUAUAAAAACCUCCAAUCUCUUAAAGAAUUGGCUCGUAAAUACAUUCUCAACAAGCAAAUUUGCCGCAAAUGCUAUGCUCGGUUGCCCCCUCGGGCGACCAACUGCAGGAAGAAAAAGUGUGGGCAGAGCAAUCAGAAUCUGCCUGAAUCUAACUGGCCGAGUCCGGGACAGCGCGAAAAAAAUAAUCUUUGGCUCCGGUGGGUUCCCUUAACCAAGCCACUGCCUAUGAGUCGCCGACAAAUCCUUCACAACGCGACAUUCAGGCGGACCACGAAAUCGAUCGACUUUUAUUUCCUGUGA